AUGUCUUUCGAAAAAAGCUUUAUUACCUUUGACCAACCUCCGCCAUCCUCAACCACGGACAGGCCGCCUGGAGAUGUUGAGCGUCGUGUGUCAAAAGCCCUUGGGGCCACAGACGAACUGCCUGCAAUCUCUGCCUAUUCUUCCUUUACUGCAGUUGACGAUUUGGAGUCCGUAUCGGAUUUCUCGAUAAGAACAAGAGCCGCACGAUACUUCCAGGAGCAAGUCGAUACCGAAAGAAGCGAUCUUCUCCUUAUUGCUUGCUCGUUUAUCUCCGGGGUAAUUGACAGCGCAGCCUUCAAUGCUUGGGGAAGCUUUGCCAGCAUGCAGACUGGGAAUGUCGUGUUUCUCGCCCUCGGAGUAUCUGGACAGCCACCCGAACCGCGAUUUCGAUGGGCUAAAUCGCUCAUCGCAAUCGCAACGUUCAUAUCCGCAGUCCUAUUCUUCACGCAUGCCUCGAGACUCCUCGGUCCGCUUCGCCGCUCGACCCUCCUCGCAUCCUUCAUGCUUCAGACCGGCAGCAUACUAGCAUCCAGCAUCCUCGUGGAGACGGGGAUAAUCGACUCCGAGAUCUCAUCCUCAAUCCAUGGCGUCCACUGGCUUCAAAUGGUCCCGAUUGCCCUCCUCGCGUUCCAGGCUGCCGGCCAAAUCGUGACGUCGCGCAUGGUGCAAGUCGAAGAAAUACCCACGGUGGUGCUGACGACGGUCCUUGCGGAUCUAUUUAUCGAUCCUCGCGUGCUCGCGAAGACGAAUCUAGUGCGGAACCGCCGUGGAGCCACGGUGUUGGCGUUGUUCGGCGGUGCGAUGCUGUCUGGCGCGCUGACCAAGGCCGUAGAUUUGUCCUGUUCAUUGUGGUUGGCGGCGGGGAUAAAGGGCGUUAUAACCAUCUGCUGGGCCCUGUGGAGGCCAAAGGCCAAUGUGGCUGGGUCCAGGAGGUGCUGGCCUUGA